AUGACUUCGUCGCCCCCGCGUCAGAAACGCCGCAAGGCUUCCUGCAAGGAGUUCCAAUGCACCCACGAAGGCUGUGGGAGGACAUAUUCGCGUGCCGAGCAUCUUCAACGGCAUCAACUCAAUCACUCCCCUAAAGAAAUCUACUACUGUGACUAUCCUGACUGUUCAUUCACAUUCGUCAGGAAAGAUCUCUACGCUCGUCAUAAACUGAGACAUGAGCGUCAAGUAGAGCAGUAUGGCAAUGGUCGUUUAUCCCAACGGCCGCAGAAGGAGUUUUCGAAAUUGCCAAGGCAACGCAGUGAAAGAUACUCCUUUAGCGAAGAUGGCUCAGCUUGGAGUGACACCCAGGACGAAGGGAGAGAAGAAUCAGCAAAAGAGCGACACGCUUCAAUGGCCCGACAGUCCAUGGACGCUUCCGGACUUGACUCUCACAGCUCGAAGCAAUUUGGAAUCGAAGGGGGCAUAGUUCGUCAAGAUUCUGGUCAACGCGACGAACUGGGUGGUCCAAGCGGCUACUAUGGAGACCAACGGCAACUACAGAGUCGCGAUUCAUCACCAGAAAAACAGGCCAUGAACACUGUGCCGUUUCGAAUUGAUCCGGUGCCGCCUGCUGAUAUGUCUAUGCCCCUGACAAGCCCCGAUUUGACGGGUCGUCCGGAACGUGCUCGAGCCCAGUCCUAUGCUAUGCCCAACGGAAUACCAGCGUCAAAUACGGAACACGUCAACAUAGAGGAACAGCAUUUUGGACUUUCCCCAUCAAGUACGGAUGAGUUUACCACCUGGCUAUUUGCCGGUCAGGGGCUAGGCUCUAACUACAACUUUGUGCCAAGCACUUUCGGCAUGGCAGGAUACUCCAAUAACUUUGGGCAAUUAUGUACGGAUUACACAGCUCAGACAGGCAUAAUGGGGAGUUCUUACGUCGAGCCUAUUAACAGUCUAUGGUUUCAGUCAGAAUCAUUGACUAUGGAGACACCAGUAGUGGAUUUAUCGCAGUUUGGAAAGAACAGUUUUUCAGAGCACAAACGACAAGCGUUACUCCACUAUAUGUUGCAGCGUUUUAACGAGAUCAGCCUGCACGGCAGCAGAUCGGCCGCGGAUAUCAAGGGUGAGAUCUUUGGAAGUGACACUGACGCCGAGAGCCAUGUUCUGAGUCAUGUCAAUGUCGAACGCUAUCUCAACUCAUAUUGGGACAACUUUCACGAUCAACUGCCUAUUCUACACCGCCCAACAUUUAUACCCGAAACUGCAAAUGACUUUCUUCUGUUGGCUGUGCUCAUUAUGGGCGCUUCCAUGGUUGAUAAACAUGGCACAUCACAAGAUACUAUGGAGAAAAUUUCAAAGUUCACCACCUUUGUUUCGUGGAAUCUGCGUUGGCAAGUUUUCAUGCAUGCUGACUCUCAUCCACCUGCGAAACUUUGGGUCAUACAGACAUUGUUGAUUCUCGAAGUCUAUGAGAAGAUGAAUGCAAGCCGUGUUCUUCACGAGCGUGCUCAUAUCUACUUCCCUACAACACUGUCUCUUAUGCGCAGAGGAAGCGCCCUGACAGGAAAGCAGUCCUCGUAUGUGUCCAGAGUUCCAACACCUAUGGGUAGCCCCAAAAUGGGGUCGGCUAGAAUGUUCCCUAGAUCGACCCAGCCGGGCUUCAACUCGUCGCCUGAGAAAUGGUGGGACCACUGGGUUGCACAGGAAGCUACGCGCCGAGCUGCCUUGGCUGCAUUCAUCAUCGAUGCUACGCAUGCUGCUUUAUUUGGACACACACCCACACUUGUCAUUCAUGAAAUCAAACUUCCACUUCCGUGUGACAACACUUUAUGGUCUUCUGAUUCACCAUCGGAGAUUGGUUGUGUCGAGUCAAGUCUUCAUGCCAAUGGCGUCACGCCAAUCACUUUCCUUGAUGGUCUUCAACGAACACUCAAUGGGCAGAGAGUGCGAACAAGCCCGUUUGGAAGAAUAUCACUUCUAGCUGCGCUGUUGUCUGUAACAUGGCAGAUGCAUCAAAGGGAUCUUGAUCGCUCAACACUUGGUACCGACACGAUACCUGGUGUUCAAGAACGUUGGCGACCGAAGCUACUUAGAGCUUUUGAUUGGUGGAAGAAGGACUACGAUGAUGGUGUUGCCCAUGUCAAGCACGCCGCGUUUGAUUGGCAAAGAUUAGGAUUGAGCAACAGAGGAGGAAGCGACGAUGGUGAAGCUAUGGAAACGCAGGGUACAGUGCUCUACCAUUUGGGUCAUAUCACAGUCUACAUCAGCAUGCCAGAACUUUGCAUCUUUGCUGGUGUCCCUCAGAUUCUUGGCAGAACUGUUUCUUCUGUGGAUUGGAGGAGGACAGAAGCCAAGAUCAAGGAGUGGGUGGCAUCACCCGGAGCCAUCGGUGGGGUUUAUCACGCGUUGCAGCUCAUCCGGCUUAUUCUUCUCCAAGAGGAACCCAAAAGAGGAGGCAUGGCUAGCGAAGCCAGUGGGCUGCCAUCGGCUUGGUUUCCUUCCAGCUACCCCAAAUACGAUGCUGGAAGUGAUAAGCUGCUGGUCAGGCCUUGGGCUUUGUAUUAUGCAUCUCUGGUGCUGUGGGCAUAUGGGUUUGUACAAGAUGGGAACAUUGAGCCGUUCCCAGACCAUCUGCAAUACCCCACCAGCAAUAUUGGAAUUCCAACAAUGACCACGGACUCGAGUGUUCCUUCAACUUCAAAUCAAGGUGCAACCAGUACCCCUCAAGGAUCUCAAGCUGAGAAGACUCCCAUGUCAUCCAACAUGGACUACGAAGCAUUAAAGCGCGACCGUCAUGAAGAUCUCCGAACAUAUCUGCAAAUCAUGAUUCCUCCCACGAUCGAUUCCAUCAAGGCUUUCCACCUGCAUCAAAACCAAGCCGGCGUGGUGGGAAACCGAAAUAAAAUCAUUGGUUUGUUGAGUGUUGUCGACGACGCUCUGACUAAUACAAAAUGGGAGCUUCUGUCUGAGGCGAGGAAUAGACUGAAGAUGGCGGCGUCGAUGAUGCAACGACCUAUGAUUAUUUUGACAGGUGAUAUUGUGUUUGGGGAGCACCCAUCAGAUCUGAUGACAAGGAAGAACGUGGUGGUGUCUUAUACAAGAGAUAACCUGGAUGUUCGCCACGAAUACAGAGUCUUCAGUACCAGGGUAUCCCAUUGCGGUUGGAACUUUAUUUUGUGCUUCAUCGUCCAGCUUGGUCCGGCUCAUGCCGAAGACGUGCAGACUGAGCUAACGGCAGUGCCAGCCGUUUACCGAACAAACCUUUCAAAACAGGCAGAAGAGAAUGCAAGCGUGAAACACAUCAAGAGGCUGCUGCAUGUUGGUAGUUCACCUGAUGUCUUAGCUCCCAGGAUCAUGGCGAGUCAGACAUGGCUCAAUGGUCGUGUCUACAGGUUUGGUACCCCUGAGUUGGCCAACGCCGCAUCCGUGCAUUGUUGGAUGGGGGAUUUGAAGUCGGCUCUGAGCGUAAGGAGUUUAGUUGAGGAGAAACAAGAAGGGAGCGUGGACCGACACGUCGAGAAUGCGGUCUGA